AUGGACGCUUUUAUGGAUUUUGAGCGAGAGAUGGCGCUCAAGCGUCAAAAGGCAAACCCUGAAAAAUUUGCACCGGUAGGUCCCCUGACACCUCCAGUGAAGCCGGAUGAUGAUGAGUGCUGCCAUUUGGAUUGUCCCAAUUGCGUACUCCUAGUUUACCAGGAACAACUGCUAGAGUACGAGCUGAGUCUGCAAAGCCAGAAUAGAAGAAAGAAGCCUAAGAUUCCUGUGCCCAUGUACGACUUGUCAUUUUACUCGAGUAAAGACGAUAAAGAAGUGUCAAGUGCAUGGCAAAUGCUCCUGACGGAAACAAAUUGUGGAGUAUUCGGGGUCGCAGCCAACGAUGUGAUCAGUGCGCCGCACCAAACGGCGGACGGGGCGUGGCGGUCGGUGCGUCAUAUUGACCUCCGCGUUCGUGAUGACCAACAGGAACACAUUAGUAAGCAGGCGUCUAAUAUUGGUGUGUAUGUUCCAAACGAUCUGCCAGUCGUGGAACGCAUGCUGGUUCACUUGCAUGUAGAAGACCCGAGCGUGGUUUACGCUGCUAAACCUCUUGCCGAUUCCAAGCAGCAAUCUUCACUCCAGCAUCAACCGCUUCAACAGCAUCCGUUUGCUCAUGUUGGAACUGUUCGUGAUGCUCUUACGUGGAGUUUCGAUCUCAUUUCGACUCCACGCCCCAGAUUUCUACGCAACCUUGCCGCGUACGCAUCUGACGACAAUGACGUUGCUGCACUAAUGGCACCGCGAACAGUAGAUGCUAUCCAGGCCGAAAGGCCGCACCAACACGUUACCAUAGCAGACAUUUUCGACCUUUUCCCGUCGGUUCGUCUGAGCUUUGCAGAUUUUUUUCAGAUUGUGCCGCCCAGCUCUCCACGGUAUUACACAAUCUCGUCGUCACGCCAGUUCAAUCCUGAUAUAGUCUCGAUCACGCUUGGCCUUCGCAAAAAGGACGCACUACCGCUGCCAAGAUGUUCCAGCUACCUCGCGAUGCUGAAGCCGGGCGAAUCCAUCCGCGCAUCAUUUUACCAGUCAUCAUUUGUGUUUCCAUUUCACGACCACCGUCCUAUAAUGCUUAUCAGUGCAGGCACCGGAAUUGCGCCAUUUCGAGCGUUCCUACAGGACCUUGAGCAUGAACAUAAGACAUCGCCACAUCGAUCAGCCUACCUCUUUUAUGGUUGUCGUGAAGCAAGCAUGGACUUCUUGUAUGGCGAGGAGUUAGAGCGUGCGUGGGCGUCCGGUGUGCUAGACCAAUUGCAUGUAGCAUUUUCUGAUGACGGCGAUCGGCCAAAGCAGUAUGUUCAAGACGCGUUGAUUGAACAGAGCGAGCUCGUAGCACGGCAUCUGCUUCGAGAUGAGGGCUACAUCUACGUGUGCGGUAGUUUGGAUAUGGGCCGCGCUGUGAGGAAGGCCAUCGCCGGGGCCAUUCUGCGGCACCCCGAGUUUUGUGGCGGCGCGAUUGCAACGCAAGAAGACGCCGAGCGCAUCGUGAGGCAGAAGCUGGCAGGGCAUCUCAUCGUCACAGAGCUUUGGUAG